AUGUGCCAAUUGAUCCUCACCUUUUGCCCAAUUUGCUCCAAGGUUGCCGCUCCGUCUCGCGUCGAGAAGUGCGCUAACCGAUCGGAUCCAGCUCACACUCCCACUACAACCCAAAUCACAGCUAUGAACCCCUGCAAUCGAUGCCACAACCUUAACAAACCAUCCAAUCCCACCAGGGCCCUCACACGAGACAUUCUCGAAGAAAUGUGCAUGCAAAUCCCCGAAUGGCAUCCCACUACACCACAGGAACCCAUUCCCGGGAUCCUCCCAAACUGGGACUCCGAAACCUCGACUCGCGCUCAAGAUGAAGAACUCUUUUUCGAACACACCACACGAAGCCACAGCGUAGAAAUCAAGAAUCGACAAGAUUUACCGAGUCAACGCAACGGAUUCCCGUUGUGUUUAGUGGCUGGAAUCAAUCAAAGGCCUUCCCCUGUGAAUCGAGGACUUGAGAGAUCACGACCCGAGAGAUCAAAAUUUACUUCGCCUCCGUUAUCAUGGAAUAACAAUCCUAGGACUAGACGACUUGGUGUUGCGCCAGCACCAAGUCGAGUUCAAGGAAAAUCUCCCAUCGUAUCCCCACCCCUCCGACUCCAAAUCCCAGCUCCAAGACCAUCUUUCCCCGAAACCCAAGACCCAGAAUCCACCCCCUCCUCAACCACAUCCACGCGAUCCGAAUAUCUUCUUCCAGGUCCCUCACCCCAAACAGAAACAUUCAGCCCUGUAGCCUUCGCUCAAAUCCCCGCGCAUUACGACAUGCGACCAACAUCUCUCCCGACUUCCCCUCGCAUUUCCACAACGCAACCCCAAGUUCAAGUUCAAGCACCUAAAAAACACGAGACUAAUAACCAGCUUCCUCAACAAAUCCAAAAACAUCAAGAAGAACUUACGCGUCAAAAUCUCGAAAGCGAUCGAAUGCGUGAAUUGCAGCAAUGCGAUGUUCAGCCACGACAUGUCAAGGAUGUAGAAUUCAAGAGCGUACGACCCAAGGGUAGUUUCAAGUUGCUUAGACUUUCAUCGUUUGGUUCCUUUCGGUUUGAUGAUUGA